AGCGCGAUGAUACGACGAAGUCCGACUCGGAUAGAAAUGCGGCUGGACGACCUGCAGGUGUACGAGGAAAUAAGAAAAGUGCACGAGUCCAAAAAGGAUCCCGAGAGGAAAGCGUCGUCGUCCAUGAACCCGCCAACGUGGGGUGGCAAGAUCCCUCAGAGCGAGAUUCAGGAUCGCAUCGGUUACGUGCCGCAACAUCCGGCCAGUCACAAUCGAACCGCGACAUAGCAGCCGACUCGGGAUACGAAUCACAGCAUGAAUAAACAGCAGCCAAAUUAUGCGUUUCAACAGAACUUUGAUUUCAAGCUAUUCGGCACAUUUAUACGAAUACGAUUUAUAUACGACGUACUUACAUAAAAAUUAAGACCGUUUUUUUUAUCCAAUGAAUUCAUUCUUCGUAAUUAAUCACACUGGUUAUGAUCCAGAAGUCAUAAUCCUAAGAACAGUUUUUACAAUAUGACGUUGCUUUUAUUUACAAAAUGUAAUCGCUAUGUGUGAAAUAUACAAAGUUAAUGGACGAUA